CAUCUUUCUAUUUAAUAGGCACCAUCUCUCAACCUUUGCUCUCAUUCCAUCCCCCUUCAUCUUCUUCCUCAUUGUUGUCUUAGAAAAUGGCAAUGGCGAAGCUCCUUGUUCUCCUAGCAAUUGCUCUCGUUGCCAUUAUGAUGGCUGAGUCCUCAAUGGCAACUGCCCCAGGAAGUGCUGGAGGAGAGUACCAUUUGGACAGGGCUGGUAGUGGGUAUGGACCAGGGAGUCUCAAAAGCUACCAAUGCCAAGGUCAGUGCAACAGGAGGUGCUCAAAGACUCAAUACAGAAAACCCUGCCUCUUCUUCUGCAACAAGUGCUGUGCAAAGUGCCUCUGCGUUCCCCCUGGUUUCUAUGGCAACAAAGGAGUCUGCCCCUGCUACAACAACUGGAAGACCAAGGAAGGGGGACCCAAAUGCCCCUAAUGAUCUGUUACCAUCAUCAUCGCCGCCGCCGCAGCCGUCGUCGUUAUAUUUAAGAACUUAUCUGCUUGCUUGCUUACUGAAUUUGUUUUGUUGGGUGUGGCAACAGUCAGUUGCCCCCCCCUCGUUGCCUACUACUUGCAUCUUCUUUUAAAAUUUCUGAUCCCACAGAAAAUUCCGACGCGUCGCCGAAGGGAGCACUCUGAUAUUUGAGAAGUGUACUCAUGGGAACCCUACCUUUUUUAUUUUAUCUAAUCUAAUGGGAAGAUUUUACUUUGAUGCC